ACCUAACACACCUAAUCUAUUUAAUUAUUUCAUCAUUGUCCGAAUCAACUUUAGCUUUCUCUCUAUAUCUUCCAUAGCACCACAAGCGAAACCCACAUGUCAUCAGUUGUCUUCUCCGGCCAACUUUCAUUAUGGUACAAUCAGAAUCUCACUUCCUUCUUGUAACCUUUCCUAGCCAAGGACAUAUCAACCCAUCUCUCCAAUUUGCUAAGCGUUUAAUUCGCAUCGGCGCUCGUGUCACUCUCCUUACUUGUGUCUCCGCUACCCGUCGCAUGACCACCGCUUCUUUCCCGGAAAGUUUGACAUUAGCUACGUUUUCCGACGGGUAUGAUGACGGCAUUAAGCUUGGAGACGACCUCACGAUGCACUUGUCGGAGCUCAAGCGCCGUGGAUCAGAGACAGUAAAUGAACUGAUCAUUUCUAGGGCUAAAGAAGGACAGCCGUUCACUUGCUUGGUACACACGUUAUUACUUUCUUGGGCAGCUGAGGUGGCGCGUGCACAUCACCUUCCGUGGAGACUUCUAUGGAUUCAACCUGCUACUGUUCUUGCAAUCUUUUACUAUUAUUUCAAUGGAUUUGGAGAUGAGUUUGGUAAGUGUAGUGAUCCUGAUUAUGAAGUUCAAUUGCCAGGUGGCUUUAUUCCAUUGGUCAGCCGUGACAUUCCCUCAUUUUUACUUCCCUCUAAUACUCAAACUGCAUUUCUCUCGACAUUUCAAGAACAGAUUGAGUUUAUAAGUAAAGAAAAUAAUAUCAAAAUACUAGUCAAUACUUUUGAUGCAUUAGAAUCUGAAGAAUUAAAAGCUAUAGACAAGUUCAAUCUUGUCGGAAUCGGGCCGUUACUUCCUUCUGCUUAUCUCGACGGCAAAGAUCCGUCCGACACUACAUUCGGGGGCGAUCUUUUCCGAAAAUCCAAGGAGUACACGGAAUGGCUCGACUCGAAAUCGGAAUCAUCGGUCGUCUAUAUAUCAUUCGGAAGCUAUUUCGUGUUAUCCAAGAAACAAACCGAAGAGAUCGGUACAUCGUUACUGAGCAGUAACCGUGAGUUCUUCUGGGUGAUAAGAGAAAACCCUAAUGAGUUAAUAAGUUGCAGAGAGGAGUUAGAAGAGAAAGGAAUUAUGAUAGUGCCGUGGUGUAAUCAAGUGGAGGUUCUGUCCCACCCGUCGGUCGGGUGUUUCGUGACGCAUUGCGGGUGGAAUUCGACGAUGGAAGGGUUAGUUUGCGGAGUUCCGAUGGUGGCGUUUCCGCAAUGGUCCGAUCAGGGAACGAACACGAAGCUGAUUGAAGAUGUCUGGAAGAGUGGAGUGAGAGGGGCGCGUAAUGAAGAAGGGAUAGUUGAGAGUGGAGAGAUAAAGAGAUGUUUGGAGUUGGUAAUGGGAGAUGAUGAGAAAGGUGAAGAAAUAAGAAAAAAUGCAGAGAAAUGGAAAUUGUUAGCAAGAGAUGCAGUUAAGGAAGGGGGCUCUUCAGACAUUAAUCUUAAAGCUUUUGUGGAUGAGGUUAAUGGAUUAAUAGAUGUUUGUAGUAAUACCUAGGAUUAAGGUUUAUCGGCAGUAUAUUGGAGCUUGAAUUGAAUGCUAGUUCUAUAUUUUUUCAAGUUUAA